AUGGUGAACAACUCAAAGUGCUCAUGCUGUGGAGCAGAAUCACAUCCACAGCUACAACGACAGUUGGAAAAGCUUGAUUAUGCAAGCGCAUUAGCGAUGGUUAAAAGCAGCACCAAGAAAAGGAAAACCUAUACAGACGUAUGUAAGCAGACGCUGGCUAUGAUACGGAAAAAUAAUGGCUCUAAUCCUUACCAACCUGGUUUUACAGCACCUACUCAAUCUCACCCUGAAGAGACUAUGAUAGAUAUGGGGGGAGGAUGGCAAAUCUUGGGCACACCUUUGCAUUUGCAUGAACCUCGCCUUUUAGCAAUUGCUGAGGCCGACCAUCAGUUUUUGGAAGCUGAGUAUGAUGAUUACAAUGCUACAAAUGCCAGCAAACCAACAUUUUGUCGUUCAGCUGCACUGAUUGUAAGUCCUCGUGAUCAUAAACCAUGA